AUUUGCAUCUCGCCCUCCAACUUGCCAUUGGCGGCGCGACGUGUGGGAGAGCCCUGCGCCUCGCCCGCCCGGACCAGCCUGCCCCGGCGCCGAGGUCACUCCUGUGGUUGGCCCAGCCCAGCAUGCAGCCUUGAACCUGGCAUAGGCCACCACCUACUCCAGCUCUCUACACCCCCUAUUUUACUGUGGCUCGGGGUGCAGGCUCUAAGCUCCAAGGUACCUGAACAGCAUCUCUUUGUCAAAAACACCCCCGCAGCUCCAGAGGGCCCUGCGAAUCCUUCUGUCAGCUCUCUGGGGAGACAGCAUGGCUAUUACCUUGCAGCCCAGUGACCUGAUCUUCGAGUUUGCAAGCAACGGGAUGGAUGAUAUCCACCAGCUGGAAGACCCCUCGGUGUUCCCAGCUGUGAUCGUGGAGCAGGUACCCUACCCCGAAUUACUGCAUCUGUACUCAGGACUGGAGCUGGACGACGUUCACAAUGGCAUCAUAACGGAUGGGACCUUGUGCAUGACACAGGAUCAGAUUCUGGAGGGCAGUAUUUUGCUUGCAGAUGACAAUGAAGCAACCUCACAAACCAUGUCAACCACUGAAGUCUUGCUCAAUGUCGAGUCUCCUAACGACAUCCUGGAUGAGAAGCAGAUCUUCAGCACCUCCGAAAUGCUUCCAGACUCAGACCCUGCUCCGGCUGCCACUCUGCCCAACUACCUGUUUCCUGUCUCUGAGCCUGAUGCCCUGAACCAGGCGGGUGACACUGAUGACCAGGAGGGGCAUUGUCUGGAGGAGAAGGUCCCCAGAGAGGAAAGUGCCAAGAAGACUGGAAAAUCAAAGAAGAGAAUCCGGAAGACAAAGGGCACCCGCAGUACCUCACCGGUCACUGACCCCAGCGUCCCCAUUCGGAAGAAAUCGAAGGACGGCAAAGGCAGCACCAUCUACCUGUGGGAGUUCCUCCUCGCGCUUCUGCAGGAUAGGAACACCUGCCCGAAGUACAUCAAGUGGACCCAGCGAGAGAAGGGCAUCUUCAAGCUGGUGGACUCCAAAGCUGUGUCUAAGCUGUGGGGGAAGCAGAAAAACAAGCCCGACAUGAACUACGAGACGAUGGGGCGGGCCCUGAGAUAUUACUACCAAAGAGGCAUCCUGGCCAAAGUGGAAGGGCAGAGGCUGGUGUACCAGUUUAAGGAGAUGCCGAAGGACCUGGUGGUGAUUGAAGAUGACGAGGAGAGAAGUGAAGUCUCGGCGGCCUCCCCUCAGGCCUCCACGCCCUCCACCUCCUCCACCAGCACCGCCCGACGAGCCAGUUCCAGGGUCUCGGCCAGAGCUGCUCCCCAGAGCAAGGGAGGCCCUUCCUGGGAGAAGCCAAAGGUUCAGAACGUCGGCUUACAGCCAUCUGCGAAUCUGGAACUGGGACUGUCUAUAGAUGAGGACAUCCCCGCUACCUCCACCGUGCUGACUCCCCCGCCAGAGAGCCAGGCCAAACUCACCAGAGCCGUGAGUACUUCUUCAGUGCCCAGCAACAUCCACCUGGGAGUGGCCCCCGUGGGGUCGGGCUCCGCCUUGACCCUGCAGACAAUCCCACUGACCACAGUGCUGACCAGCGGGCCCCCUGCCAGUACGCCUGCUUCCACACAGCUCGUCCUCCAGAGUGUCCCGCCUGCUUCGACCUUCAAGGACACCUUCACUUUGCAGGCCUCCUUCCCUCUGAGCACCAGUUUCCAAGAAAGUCAGGUGGCAGCACCGGGGGCCCCACUGAUUCUCAGUGGCCUCCCCCAACUUCUGGCUGGGGCCAACCGUCCGAGCAACCCGGUGCCAUCCUCCGUCGUGGGGGCUGGACCAGCCGGGCCCAGCCCUCAGCCCCCCGGGACUGUCAUCGCUGCCUUCAUCAGGACUUCCGGUGCCACCGCAGCCUCUGGGGUCAAGGAGGGGCCGCUGAGGCCCUCCUCAUAUGUGCAGGGCAUGGUGACUGGGGCCCCCGUGGAGGGGCUGCUGGUUCCCGAAGAGACCCUGAGGGAGCUCCUGAGGGAUCGGGCUCACCUUCAGCCACUUCCAACCCAGGUGGUUUCAAGGGGUUCCCACAAUCCGAGCCUUCUGGGGAACCAGACUUUCUCAUCUCCCAGCCGCCCCACUGUUGGGCUGACCCCAGUGGCUGAACUUGAGCUCUCCUCAGGCUCAGGGUCCCUGUUUAUGGCUGAGCCUAGUGUGACCACCUCUGGGAGCCUGCUGACCAGAUCCCCAACCCCAGCCUCCUUCUCCCCAUUCAACCCCACUUCGCUUAUUAAGAUGGAGCCCCAUGACAUAUAAAUGAAGGGGCCGGGGGAAGUGUGCCUCACCAGGCCGAGUUGAGCGGCAUUUUUAUACGGACUUCCUAUAGCAGAGACUGACUGAAGCAGGACACCUGUCCUUUUUGUCGGUGGGAUCUCAGUACACCAGAUCCCCUGUCCCCGACCCCUGCCGGUGUCACCUUGGCCAAGCCAUGCCCAGUUUGAGCAUCCCUGGCGUCAGACCAUGGCCUUCAAGAGCACUAGGGGAUAUGCUCUUGUCAGGGUAAUGGGCUGACUGGGUGAUGGAGGGAGAACCUCCUGAGAAGUCUGUGGCCAGGGCCGAUGCAGGGGUCCCGUGGGGAGAGUCCUUUCGUGGGGCUUUUCACCGUCUGUGUUCCCUCCACGGGGAAUUUCCUAUCCCAUAUGUGAAUAUCUCUGUAUGUAUUUGUGUGUACUCGUGGGUCUGUAUCUCUGUUUCUUUGGGGAGGAUGGGGGUGGAGCUGUGAGGUCUUCAAGGGUGUGUGUCUCUGUGGGUCAGCUGCAGAGAUGGGGAUUUUUUUUUAAGGGAAGCAUUCUCUAAUUCCCUUCGGCAAACCAUUCAGUUGCCCUGAGGCUAUGGGGUACAGGCGGAAUCCCCCAAAUUGGGAGAGAUGUCACAGAGCUGGAGCAGAUCCAGGGUAGGAGAAUUUCGAUGGGUGUGUGUGCUGGGGAAGACG